GGAAGACUAAAGACUAAAGACUAAAGAAUGAUUACAAACAAGAAAAUAACAAGCAAGCCUUUUGUUCAAAUCUUGUGGUGUUGGUUUAAUUAAACCUGCUUUCCUUCCAGUUUAGGCAGUUCAGUUAAAAAGAGAAUGGAGCAUGUGGAAACUAAUGGAAUUCAUCUCUCAGACAGCGGAAAAUCCUUGAACCAGUUUGAUGCAGAAGAGGAAAAUGAUUCACCAGUUGAUCAAGUGAGGCUCACAGUUCCUGUAACAGAUGAUCCAACAUUGCCAUGCUUGACAUUUCGAACAUGGGUCUUGGGGAUACUUUCUUGUGCCCUUCUUGCUUUUGUGAAUCAAUUCUUUGUGUAUCGCCAAAAUCCAUUAUACAUAUCAUCAGUUGCUGUUCAGAUUGCUGUACUGCCAAUAGGAAAACUCAUGGCCGCAUCUUUACCAGACAAAUUAAUUCGAGUUCCAGGGACAAAGUGGUCAUUUUCAUUGAAUCCAGGGCCCUUCAACCUAAAAGAACAUGUUCUUAUUACCAUAUUUGCUAAUUCAGGAUCAAAUCCUGUUUAUGCAGUGAAUAUUAUUACAAUUGUUAAGGCAUUCUAUCAUAGGAAGAUACAUGCUCUGGCAGCUUUUCUGUUAACACUAACAACCCAGAUGCUUGGAUAUGGUUGGGCUGGAGUUUUCAGAAAGUUUUUAGUGGAUUCACCUUACAUGUGGUGGCCUGCAAAUCUAGUUCAAGUUUCGCUCUUUCGGGCUUUACAUGAAGAUGAAACUAGGCCUAAGGGAGGCUUAUCUAGGCUGCAAUUUUUCCUUUUAGUCCUUGUAUCCAGUUUCGCAUACUAUAUCGUACCCAACUAUCUAUUCCAAUCUAUAACAGCACUCUCAUUUGUUUGUUGGAUAUGGAAGGAUUCAAUCACAGCCCAACAAAUCGGUUCUGGUCGUAGGGGACUAGGCAUUGGCUCAUUCGGCCUCGAUUGGUCAACAAUUUCUAGCUUCUUGGGGUCUCCAUUAGCUACUCCUGGAUUUGCUGUAAUGAACUUGUUGGCUGGUUUCAUUAUUAUCCUAUACAUUAUGCUCCCUAUUACUUAUUGGACCAACUCCUAUGAAGCGAAGCGUUUCCCUCUUGUUUCGUCUCAUGUGUUUGAUGCCAUGGGUCAGCCUUAUGAUGUUAAUUUAGUUCUCAAUUCCUCUACUUUCUCAUUCGAUGAGCAAGCUUAUGAUAGCUAUAGCAAAGUUCAUUUGAGUAUAUUCUUCGUUUACGCCUAUGGUCUUAGCUUUGCUAUACUGGCUGCUACGUUGUCUCAUGUUGUACUUUUUCAUGGAAGACAAAUUUGGCAAGAAACGAAGGCAACAUUUGAAGAUAAAUUUGGUGAUGUGCAUACAAGAAUAAUGAAGAAAAAUUAUGAGGUUGUUCCUCAAUGGUGGUUUUACACGAUCUUGAUUGUAGCAGUUGGAUUUUCCAUUCUUGCUUGCGAAGGCUUUGGUAGACAGUUGCAGCUGCCUUACUGGGGUGUGUUACUGUCAAUUGGCUUAGCUCUCGUCUUUACCCUCCCAAUUGGUGUACUCCAAGCAACUACAAACCAGCAAGUAGGAUUGAACGUUAUCACUGAGCUUAUAAUUGGUUACAUGUAUCCUGGAAAACCCUUGGCAAAUGUUGCUUUCAAGACUUAUGGUUUUACUAGCUUGUCACAAGCAAUUAUGUUCCUUUCAGACUUCAAGUUGGGUCAUUACAUGAAAAUUCCCCCAAAGUCCAUGUUUAUCGUCCAACUAGUAGGAACUGUAGUUGCAUCUGCAGCCUACUUCGGCAUAGCAUGGUGGCUUCUCACUUCAAUCGAUUUCAUCUGUGAUGUCGAAAAGCUGCCAAUAGGAAGCCCUUGGACAUGUCCAGGAGAUGAUGUUUUCUACAAUGCCUCAAUCAUUUGGGGUGUGGUCGGACCAUUAAGAAUGUUCGGUCGGCUUGGUUUGUACUCUAAAAUGAACUAUUUCUUCCUCAUCGGGCUCCUUUCGCCGAUAGUGGUUUGGGGAUUUUCUCGCAUGUUUCCAGAGAAAAAGUGGAUAAAACUUAUUAAUAUUCCAGUAAUCUUAAACGGAACAGGGUCGAUGCCAUCAGCAAGAGCUGUGAACUAUACAAGUUGGUUUGCUGUAGGUAUUUUCUUUAACUUUGUUGUGUAUAGGAAAUAUAGGAAGUGGUGGGCUAGGCAUAACUAUAUUCUAUCAGGUGGGUUAGAUGCUGGAGUUGCUUUUCUUGCUGUUCUUUGCUAUUUUGCACUACAAGUCAACGAUAUCAAUGGACCUGAAUGGUGGGGUUUGCAGUUAGAUGAUCAUUGUCCUUUGGCUAAGUGCCCUACUGCCCCUGGCAUUGUAGUUGAAGGGUGUCCUGUUUUGUGAUUUGAUUUCAACAUGUUUUCUAUUAUAAAUGCAUUAGAACUGCCAUUCUGUAAAUGAAUGUUAUUUGUAAGGUCAUUUCUGCAUUCCUUAUCUAAGAACAUAUUGGGCUUGAUUUUUGUGGUU